UUUCGUUUAGUCGAAGUCACCUACGCGGACGCCCAUAAACAGCACCGUAACGAGGGCGUCGUCGAGUUCGCCUCGUACUCUGACCUCAAAAACGCCAUUGAAAAGCUCGACGAUACCGAGCUGAACGGUAGGCGCAUCCGCUUGAUCGAGGACAAAAAGCGCAGUAGACGCUCAGGCUCGUACAGCAGCCGUAGUCGCUCCCGCAGUAGAUCCCAGAGACGGUCCAGGUCCCGAAACCGCUCGAGACGAAGUUCCAGAUCCAAGAGCAAGUCGAGGUCUGCCAGCCCCAAACAAAACAGUAAAUCCCGAUCCAGAUCCAACUCGCGGAAGAAGUCGGUCGACCGCUCGAGAAGUAACUCGAGGAAGAAGUCGGUCGAUAGAUCUAGAUCGAGAUCUAGGUCGCAGAAGAGAUCCAAGUCGAGGGAGGCUUCGAAGGAGCGCUCCCGGUCGAGAUCGCGUUCGCCGAGCAAAGAACGCAGCAAGUCGAGGAGUCGGUCCGGAUCGCCCAACUAACCAGAUAGCCCCACCUUCAUUAAGUAAACAUUCAAGUUGUAGUAAAAGUUUGUAGUUUUAGCCUUAUAUUUUAGCAUUUAUAACCAGAUAUAUUUUAUAUUUUUUUGUUUAAUAUGUAAUAAAUUAGCUUGGUUCGUACGCGUUAAU